GCACAAGAUCCAGACAGACCUCGAGUAACGUCUCAGUGCCCAGCCUUCCCCUAAACUCUACAUUCAUACACAGGGGACAGGAUGCAGACUGCAAACAACAACAUGAGCAAACACUGGCAGCAACAGGCACGGGCACUGAGUAGAGAAGCUCGAGGAGAGGGCCUGAAUCUAGGGAAGAAGGUCAGCAUACCAAAGGAUGUAAUGAUUGAGGAGCUGAACCUGACAUCCAACAGAGGUUCCAGGAUGUUCCAAGAGAGGCAGAGAAGAGUGGACAGGUUCACAGUAGAGAACACAGCAAAUGCACCUGCAAUCAUAUAUGAUGGCCUGGAACAGAAGCAGGCCCAGAGCCAGGUCCGGUCAGCAUCACAGGCUCAAGAAGGGAAGGAGAACAUGACAUACCCCGUAGCCGGCUACUCUGCUCCCUUGAAAGAAAUUCCUCGUGAAAAGUUCAACAUUACAGUUAUCCCCAAAUCCUAUUGCUCACCAUGGAGAGAGGCAUUGAGGGGCAACGAAGAGCUAUUGUCCUCCCUGAACCCACAGCUCCCUCAGCCAGAUAAACUCCAGCCUGUAAACUACAGAUGCUUCAACAGAGUUGCGAUGCCAUUUGGGGGUCCCAAACACAGUAAGAGGGUUAUCCCCACCAUCAGCUUUGAAGCAGUGGAGUCCCAGAAUUUGCCAGGCUCCGCCGUGGAUAGGAUGGUCAAACGGCCCAAUUUCAACAGAGCACCUCGCGGCUGGGCCACAAGUUAUUUACCCGAGUCUAAUGAACUCUGAGUCCAUCGGGGUCAAAGCCCCAUCUGCCUAAAAUUUGCUUACAGCUGAGAGCAUGUGGCACUCACUGUCCUGGUGCCUUUUGAUCAUAGAGAGUAAGCCUGGGUUUGCUGCAGAAGGCAGAAUAUCAGAUUGUAACCAUGGCUAACUGGUCAUAAAGCUAGAACUGGGAUGCUAACUGGAAUAAUGUAGGUCUUUGAGAGAAAGGUUGAAUCUUUGUAGUAGGCAGUAACUGUAGCCUAAAAGCUUAAGAAGAAUGCACUGUUAUAUCACAAACCAAAUUAAUUUAUUCAAAUGGUGUUCAUGCAAAAGUAUGCCAGAAUAUUGGCUGUCAGUAAACUGCUGUUUUAUUUUGUCCUUAAAAGAACAAUACACCUGAAUGACAUUGUCCAAUAUUUAUUUUAUAAUUAAAUUCUGAGUUGUUGUUGGGUUUU